UUUUUGACUACUUUUUGUUAUUUCAUAAAUUUUGCACAUUCUUGUAAUCGUGUUCUAGCUUCAACGUUGAUCGGAAAUUACUGGGAAGUAAGAACUGAUUUUGUGCAGGAUCGUUGAUUUUGCAUCGAUCAGAUCAACAGUGCAGCAUUCUGUGAUACAGCCAUUUGCUUCAUGUGAAUUGGGAAUUGAUGGAUCAGACGGGAGUUCCGCCUCAGGAACCUCAAGAGCGAGAAUACUCCCAAGACAGCGAAAAUACUCUUGCAUCUCCUUCAUCUUCCGGUCCCGUAUACUCCACACCCGGACGCCAGCAAAUCGCGGAUCUGUUUAACCGUGAAUUCAAAGUGAUUCUGCUGGACGACCGUGUAAUCGUGGGCACCUUCUUGUGCACCGAUCACGACCAGAACAUCAUUCUGGGUGGCGCCAAAGAAUACGAGAACGAGCACGACUUCGCUGCCAACGCCGUGGAGCCCCGUCUGAUUGGGCUGGCCAUGGUUAAUGGGAAGAAUCUCAAGGGAUUAUUUGUUGAGUCUGCAAGUUCGUGA